UUACAAGAUUCUUUGAAUAUAUAUUGCUCUAUAAAGAUGCAGUGAUGUUUCAGAUUGAACAAGUUACGAAGCUUUGCUCAAAGAUUGCUCUGACGGAGCCAUGGGAUCCAUAUGAUAUUCCAGCCAAUUCAACUUAUGAAGAUCAGUACUACAUUGGGGGACCUGGAGACCAGAUUAUGGUACAGGAAUGGUCUGAUAGAAAACCAGCCAGGAAGUUGGAAUCCUGGGUCGGCGUUUACACAGUCAAAGACUGUUACCCAGUACAGGAAACCUAUACGAAGAACUACAGCGUGACAACCUCCACUCGCUUUUUUGAUUUACAGCUGGGCAUUGCCGACCCCUCAGUGUUUACCCCACCCAGCACCUGCCAGACAGCCCAGCUGAGGAAGAUGAAAGAUGAAUGCUGAUUAUGGACACUGGCUGUCCCAGGCAAACAAAUAUUAGCCAAGAGGAUGGUUAUUAAUUGUCAGUUGCUGACGUCUAACCUGAUUU